CCUCGUCUCUCACUUCCCUGCUUUACCAUCUCUUACCAGCUUUAGCUCAUCUCUUUUCAUUUCUACCAUUAAUCUGACAAUGAACCUCCAUAGAUGGAUAGUCAUAGCUCUCACCAUUCUUCUGUUUCUUGGAACAUUCCUCUCAAUAAUUGACUCAGCUCAGCCUCCAUUUUCAUGUGACAAACUCAACUCCCAAUCAGAUUCUUUCUCAUUCUGCAAAACAACUCUGCCUAUCCCCGCCAGAGCCCGUGACCUUGUCUCCCGCCUGACGAUUGAUGAAAAAAUCUCCCAGCUCGUUAAUACAGCGCCUGCCAUCCCACGGCUCGGUAUACCCGCCUACCAGUGGUGGUCAGAAGCUUUGCACGGCGUCGCCUAUGCCGGACCUGGCAUUACAUUCAAUGGAAACAUCAGAGCUGCCACCAGCUUCCCUCAAGUCAUCCUCACUGCUGCUUCAUUUGAUGUUCACCUUUGGUACCGCAUUGGCCAGGUGAUUGGGAAAGAGGCGCGAGCAGUGUACAAUGAAGGGCAAGCAACAGGGAUGACAUUUUGGGCACCAAACAUCAACAUAUUUAGGGACCCCAGAUGGGGAAGAGGGCAAGAAACACCUGGGGAAGAUCCAAUGGUGACGGGGAAGUAUGCAGUUUCUUAUGUUAGAGGAGUUCAGGGGGACAGUUUCCAAGGUGGGAUGCUGAAACAUGGUGAACUUCAGGCCUCUGCUUGUUGCAAGCACUUCACAGCCUAUGAUCUCGAUAAUUGGAAGGGAAUCACCCGCUUUGGCUUUGAUGCUCGCGUAACCGAGCAAGAUUUGGCUGAUACGUUCCAACCCCCCUUCAGAAGCUGCAUUCAAGAUGGCCAAGCAAGCGGUAUAAUGUGUGCUUACAACCGUGUCAAUGGGGUUCCUCCUUGUGCUAACCACAAUCUUUUGACCCAAACUGCCCGUAAACAAUGGGGUUUCCACGGGUACAUUACAUCGGACUGUGAUGCUGUGUCCAUCAUUUAUGAGCAGCACAAAUACGCGGGAACGCCGGAAGAUGCUGUGGCUGAUGUGCUAAAAGCAGGCAUGGAUGUCAACUGUGGCUACUACCUGCUGAACUAUACCAAAUCAGCCUUUUUGCAGAAAAAGGUAUCAGAAUCUGACAUUGACAGAGCCCUUCAGAAUCUCUUUUCUGUUCGAAUGAGAUUGGGACUGUUUAAUGGAGACCCAAAGAAACUGCUUUAUGGUAGCAUUGGUCCAGAUCAGGUCUGCACCAAGGAGCACCAGGAACUAGCACUUGAAGCCGCGAGAAAUGGCAUUGUUCUGUUAAAGAACUCUGCUAAGCUCCUUCCUCUUUCAAAGAAGAUCACGUCGCUGGCUGUUAUAGGCCCUAAUGCAAAUAAUGCAUUCGUAAUGCUGGGAAACUAUCAAGGCCCUCCUUGUAUAUCUGUUGCAGUUUAUAAAGCACUGCAAGACUAUGUUCCAAACGCAGUCUACCAUGAAGGUUGCAAUGCAGUCAAUUGUACCUCUGCUGCAAUUGAUGAUGCAGUGAAUGCAGCAAAAGGAGCAGAUUAUGUCGUCUUAGUCAUGGGGUUGGAUCAGGGCGAAGAAACAGAGCAGCUUGAUCGCGAGUCUUUGACGCUUCCUGGUCAACAAGAAAGCCUGAUUACAGCUGUUGCUAAUGCUGCAAAUAAGCCAGUUAUACUAGUCCUGCUUUGCGGAGGUCCAGUUGAUGUAAGUUUUGCUAAAGAUAAUCCAAAAAUAGGAAGCAUCUUGUGGGCUGGUUAUCCAGGCCAAGCAGGAGGGAUUGCACUCUCAGAAAUCCUGUUCGGCGACCACAACCCAGGAGGAAGACUGCCACUUACUUGGUAUCCGAAAGAAUUUGUAAAUAUACCGAUGACAGACAUGAGGAUGCGGCCUGAUCCAUCCUCAGGAUAUCCAGGGCGCACAUACAGAUUCUACAACGGCAAAAAGGUGUUCGAGUUCGGCUAUGGCCUGAGCUACUCAACCUAUUCCUAUAACUUUGUAAAGGUUGCUCAAAGCACUCUCUACCUGAAUCAGCUGUCAGCUACUGCUCAAGUAACAGCUACAAGCUCGAAUGCAGCUCGUUAUCUUGCAGUGUCUGAAAUGAGUAGAGACUCGUGUGAGAAGGCAAAGUUCUCUACUGUAGUAGGAGUUGAAAACUCAGGGGAUUUAGCAGGUAAGCAUCCAGUGCUGCUAUUCGUUAGGCAAGCGAAAGCUACUAAUGGAAAUCCAAUCAAACAGUUGAUUGGAUUCCAGAGGGUGAGCCUAGAUGCAGGAGCUAAAGCUGAAAUUGAAUUUACUCUCAGCCCUUGCGAGCACCUUAGCGGUGCCAAUGAAGAUGGCUUGAUGGUGAUGGAAGAAGGAUCUCGCUAUCUCGUUGUAGGGGACAAAGAGUACCCUAUUAAUGUUGUCAUAUGAAACCAACAAACUGGGCUAUCCUUACAUAUAUAUAUAUAUCCUUGCUUUGGAUUUUGGCUCUCCAGUUUUGGGGUUAUAGAUGAACGAUGUUACAGGGGACAAAUUAUUGUUUUCAUGUGAAAACAUCUAUUACAAAGGAUAUUGUUGGCCCCCGAAAUCUUGUAACAUGCAUUUUUGGGGCAAUAAAAGGACGAAAAUUUUAUAGGUUCUGAUCA